CAUCACGGAACGCCAUUGCUCAUUCCUCGAAAGAGAACCACAGACGCAAACGAACGGAUGGUGCGCUACGUGGAGACGGUGUCGGCGCUGCCGACCGAGACGCUGCCGACUGUCCUGCUCAUCGGCACGACCGAGACGCCCGGCGUGUCCCUUGCCGAGCGCGUCCUUGCGCACCUUGCUGGCGGGGCGCUCGAGCCCGAGACGGUCGCGCUCGUCGCGCAUGCGAUCGCCGAGCUGUCGCCGUCGACCGACAACGCGGCGUCGGCGCACCUCUACGUGCCGCUGGACGAUGACAAGAUGCUGAGCCUUGUCGUUGCGCAGCUCCCGACAGCGGUCUCGCGCCACAACUCGGAGGCGCGCCCGCAUGCGAUCAUGGCGCUUGUCAAGGCCCACGCUGCCGACGUCGAGGCGGACACGGUCGUUGCGCUCUCGCUGCCCAACCAGUCGGCGACGUGGGUCGCGGCGGGUACGGCCGUCGCCAAGGCGAUGCCUGCCUACUUCCACAAGUCGACCAAGGCGCUCCGUGGCGUCAUCACGACGGGCGAGGGCACUGCGUUCGCGGCUGACUCUACGCUCGUGGUCUUUGACGAGCGCUUGACGCCCGAGCAGGUCACGUACCUCGAGUGCUCGGCCGACGGUAUCCACCUCGCGCAGCGCCUCGUGGACGCGCCGCCGAACGAGCUCAACACGACGACGUUUGUCGCCGAGGCCGCGGCCGUCGCCGCCCGCACGGGCGCCGAGCUCACGGUUAUCGAAGGCGAGCAGCUUCGCGAGCGCGGCUUCGGCGGCCUCUACGGCGUCGGCCAGGCCGCAGCGCACCCACCGGCGCUUGUUGUGCUGAGCCACUACCCGAGUGAAGAGUCCAAGACGAAGCCGUCGCGCGUGCUCGUCGGCAAGGGCAUCGUGUACGACACGGGUGGUCUCUCGCUCAAGAUCUCGGGCGGUAUGGUCGGCAUGAAGGACGACAUGGGCGGCGCCGCCGGCCUCCUCGGUGCUUUCUUGGCGACGGUGACCUCGGGCGCCGCCGGCACCGAGUUGCCGCUGCACUGCAUCCUCUGCCUCGCCGAGAACGCGGUCGGCCCGAACGCGACGCGACCGGACGACAUCCACACCAUGUACUCGGGCAAGACGGUCGAGAUCAACAACACGGACGCCGAAGGGCGCUUGGUGCUCGCGGACGGCGUCGCGUACGCGGUCGCGCAUCUGAGCCCGGCGUUCUUGCUCGACAUGGCGACGCUCACGGGCGCCGCUGGCAUCGUCACGGGCGCCAAGAUCGGCGCCAUGUACGCCAACACGGACGACAUUGAGGCGUUUGGGUCUGCGGCUGGCAAGACGUCCGGCGACCUCGUCCACCCGGUGCCGUACGUCCCCGAGUUUUACCGCCCCGAGUACAAGAGCCCGGUGGCCGACAUGAAGAAUUUGAUGGCCAACACGCGCAACGCUGGCGUCUCGUGCGGCGGCCAGUUCAUCGCAAACCACAUGGCCGACUUUGUCGACGGCGACGGCCAGUGGAUGCACGUUGACAUGGGCUUUCCUGUCGCCCACGACGACCACCGCGCGACCGGCUACGGCGUCGGGUUGCUCAUGGCGCUCUUCACGGACCUCAACGCGUCGGCGACCUUUUAAAGCCAUCCCUGGGUAGAGGUAGUAACACUGUGAAGGAUACAUAAUACAUGAAACAUUGUCCUUCCUCUGGU